GUUGAAGUUUCCACUCGUCGCGCCCUCUUUCCGUCAUCACUAAAACUUUCCAAGGGGGCUUGUCCGUGUCGAUUUGUUUACAUCAUCAGCCGGAAUUUAAUACGUACACAGACACAGAACUGACUGUUGACUGUGUUGAGUGGAGUUGGGUCUUGUCUCCGAAAUUUUUAAGAUUUCGUUCGGAAUGGCUGAAAAUAUUUUCUGAAAUUAAUUUUAUUUGACUCAAUUCACUCGGAAUCAUGGCAUUCAUUUUAGAGAGUCAGGAGCUUUGUUUCGACAGAGGUGAUUUUGAUAAGGAUGACUUCUCUGUGGACAACUUCUUGGACAGUCGAGGAACAAAUUUUGAAAUACUGCGUGAUGAUUUAGGACGGUAUCUAAAGGACCUGCGGUCUGCCAUGAUUGAACUGAUCAAUCAGGAUUACUCUGAUUUUGUCAAUCUGUCGAGUAACUUGAUUGGGCUUGACAAGUCAAUUUUGAAACUGAGAAUUCCCCUGUGUCAGUUCAAAGAAGAAAUUCUGCAAAUAAAGUGUAGCCUUGAUGAAGGUAUUGAAGAACUUACUCAGCAGCUUGACACCAAAGAGGAGUUGAUCAAGUCAAAGGAAUCACUGAAAAACCUGCGAUCAUUGAUGGAUUUGAUGGACAAAAUGGAACUGCUUUUGAAAAGAGAGAGUGAUGUUAAUUUGCACAGAAUGGCUGCUCAGUUAGCUGAGUCAGAAGUUUGCAAAGCCAACUGCAACAUUUUAAGCAGAGAACUGAUCCAGAGACACAUUUCUAUAGAGAGGGAAAUUUUCGCUUUGCUGGACAAUUCUCUUCUCAAGUUGCUUUCAAGUGACAAGCUUGGCAAAGACAACGCCCACAGAAUGGCCACCAAAGACUGUCUCAAAAUAUACGCCAGCCUGGGGAAGAAUAAGCACGUGGAAGAACUUUUGAGAAACCAAAUUCUGGUUCCUACAUUGAAGAGUAUCCUCAACGAGCAGUCUGCUAGAUCGACUGUUGAAAUGUAUAACCAGCUCUUGCGUCUGCUCAAUGAAAAGAGCUCUGCUUUAAAUCUUCUGAUUAGCAUAUCAAACGAAUUUGACGAAGUGCGAAAGUUUGAUUUCUUGUUGCAUUCCUACUGGCCAGAGGCUAGCAGUGGCCUGCUUUGCCUGAACAACCUGUUCUCGCCUGGAGAUCCAAACGAAUUCUAUAAGAAAUUCAAUGAAAGCCAGAAAUUUAUAGUCCAAUUUGAAGCCCAACUAAUUACAAAGGAAAGAGUUUUGGAGUUUAGAGCGCGUGAUGAUUACUCUAAAUUUUUAAAAAAGUGGAACUUGAUUGUUUACUAUCAAAUUAGAUUUCAAGAAAUUGCUGGUACCCUUGAGAAAGCUCUUGUAGAAAGCAAGCAGUUUCAUCGCGCAAGUUCUGACUCUAUUUUUGAACUGAACGCAACUCAACUUGCCUGGGAUUGCGUUUUGAAGUGUUUUGCUCCUGGAAUUUUUCUUCCCCAGCUCUUGCACAAGUUUUGGAAACUAGCGCUGCAGCUUUUUUCCCGAAUCAGCAGUUGGGCUGAUGAGGUUCUUGUGAAGAGUGACAAGCUUGAGUUUCUCUGUUUGCUGCAUGCCGAUCUGAAACUACUCUCACAUAUGGCGAAAGAUAUGACAAAAAUCGUGUCUUCAGCAUUCGCACUCACUCCUGAGCUGUUAUCAGCAAUGGAAGGAAACCUAAGGGAGAGUCAGGGCAAUUUUGAGAGAAUUCGUGCAAACAUUGUUCAAAACAUCAUAAACUUGAGCUGCAAUAAGGAAGAUAUCUCAAAAUCAGUUGCAGACAUUCCAAGACUUUACAGACGAACCAACCGGGGAGUGCCUUCGUCAGCUGGCGCUUACAUGGAUAAAUUCCUGCGCAACGUUAUUGACACAUUCAAUUUUGACGCGUUUAAGUCAAAAUUCAGUGAAGCUGAACAGAAGCAGACAGUCCUCAAUAUGGUGAACAACAUUACUAGCAACUACCUUGUCGCCGUCAAGGAGCUGUUGACAUCUGUGCAAAAGACAGAGGACUCUCUGCGAAAGCUGAAGCAGAUCAGAGACAAAUCCUCGUCAACAGGGCAGACGCCAUCUACUGGAAGCCAGAGUGUUUCAGAUGAUGACAAGAUUAGAAUGCAAAUCCAGCAGGACCUCCUUCACUUUGCACGGGAAAUCUGCAAACUUGGAAUAUCUUCUGAUGACGUCACUGAUUUGAAAGAGCUGAGCAGCGUGGUUGAGAAGUCUCUUAGCACCAAGUAAGAUAAUUAUGUUCCAACUUUUAUUCAAGCAAUGUGUUAUUUUUUAAUUAAAUGCCCGAAUUUGUUUAUUUCAUCUGA